AUGAAUAAACAAAUACUUCAACGAUCUCAUUCAGCAAAAUGUCGACCUCCUCCUCCAACAUCUUCAAUUACUAAUAAUUGUUUAAACAUAAAAAUCUCAUCAUCAUUACCUAAAGCAUUUAUUUCAUCAUUACGUCAAUUAUUUUCUAUACUUGAUAAAACAAAUUGUGGUUAUGUACCUUUUAAUGUAUUUAAACGUUAUUUUGAUUGUUCAUCAUCAACAUCAGAUUUUUUAAAUCAACUUGAAAUAGAAUCAAAUUCUAAUAAUCAUUUAAUAACAUUUAAUUCACUUAUAAAUGUUAUUGAACGAUCAUUAAUAUCAACAAAAUAUCCAUCAUCAAUUCCAAUUUCAAAAACUAAAUGUCAAUUAAAUCGUUCAAAAAGUGUCUUAGUUGUUUCUCCUUUAGAAAAAAAAAUUCAACGACAAAUUCCAAUUGUUUAUCGAAAUUCUAAUAGAUUUCAAAUGACUAAUUCUCAUGUAUCAAAUCCUAUUUAUUUUACAAAAAAAUUACAACGAAAUAAUGAAAUUGAUUUUUCUAUGAUACGAUCUUUAAAACAAUAUGAAAUUGAACGUGAUCUCCUUGUUGAAACGUGUGAUACACUUGAUCGUGUUAAAAUUUAUUUAAUUGAUUGUCUUUUUGAAAUGAAAGAUAAACAAAAACCAUAUUGUCAUUAUUUAACAACAGCAGAAACAAUAGGUAUUGAACCAGAAUCAUUGUAUAAUCGAGAUUUAGUUGCUGAUUUAUUUAAAUUAGCGAAUAUAGUUAUUGAAGAAGUCAAUCAUGAUUUAAAAAAAUCAUCAGAUCGUUCAUCUAGUUUAGUUCCAUCAAUAUCAUUCAAUGGAAUGAAUAAUCAAUAUGAAAAACAAAUAAAAGCAAGAGAUGAUUAUAUUAAAAAAUUAGAAACUGAAAAACGUAUUUUAUUGGAUGAAUUAAUUGAAAUGAAACAUCAACAAGGAACAAUUAUACCAAUAAAAAUCUCUUAA